AUGGCAAAUUUAUAUGCAACUACCAACAAUUCUUCUUCACCUGCAGAGCCCGAUGACAUUUCCCUUUUUCUCCAGAAGUUUCUCCUUCCUUCUUCUUCUUCAACUCUUAUACAGCAACAGUCUAUUGCUACAACCCAUGAUUAUGAUCCGGCAACUGCCCCGGUUUCGGAUCGGAUCCCCUUGCUCGAAUCAUCUUCGGGCUUGAAUUACUCGUCCUCUGGGUAUUUCCCGGUGAAUGCAGUGGCGAAUGUGUCGUCUUCUUCUGUUGGAACAGUGGAUAAUGACACUGAUGGAUAUGAGUAUGAUUGUGAAAGUGAGGAGGCUAUUGAAGCCUUGAUAGAAGAGGCACUGCCAAAGACAACAACACCCCGGAGUUCAUCGAAGAGAACUCGAGCAGCUGAAGUGCAUAAUUUGUCUGAAAAGAGGAGGAGAAGCAGGAUUAAUGAAAAAAUGAAGGCAUUGCAAAAUCUAAUUCCAAAUUCAAACAAGACGGACAAGGCUUCAAUGCUCGAUGAAGCAAUUGAGUACCUCAAGCAGCUCCAACUUCAAGUACAGAUGUUAACCAUGAGAAACGGAUUAAGCCUUUAUCCGGUGUCCCUCCCCGGGAUGCCACUGCCCAACCAAAUUUCCCAGAUGAGAAUGGGUAUUCAUCCGGGAAAUGGGUCCUUAAAUGUGAACAUGGAAAGUGAACAUCUUUUGAACCAAGAUUACUUAUCAAAUGCCCUAUUCAGUCUUCCGGAUAAUAGCGCUACACAUGCAUCAGCUGCUGAUUUCUCAACCAUGAUGGGUUCAAAAACUUCAUUUGAAUUGGCAUCCACUCCGUCUCGUCCUGGUCCCUUUCAAUUCUCCAGAUCUUCUAAAGGAAUGUGCAGGGACGAAGAUUUCCCUUUUCAACAAGUAAACAUAGACACAUCUGUGACUAGUUUCGGAGACUGCAGUAUAGGAGUGAAAACAUCUUCAAUUCCUUUCGACGCUCGACCAUCUGACUUAAAUGGCAAUACUCUAGAAGCAUGCUUCAUUGGAGGAGAACAGUUAGAAGGCGUGCGACAAGCAUAUUUGGUCCACAAUGCAGAUCUUUCAUCGCAGUUCAACCGAACACAAAUUGGAGGGAGAGCAUCUAAUGAUGAUAUCAAGAUUGAAAGCAACAAAUUGUGA